GCAUCGCAACAAGAAAGUACCUCCGAGAACAUGGGUGCCAUUGCAGCAGACAAGCAACAGCUCAUCCGUACCAGGAUACGCUACCCGACCUACCUCAAUGUCCUCCUUUUCGUCGGUACCAUGUCGUCUUGCCUGGGUGUAUGCCUGUGCUGCUACACCCUCGUCUACACCGUACAUCCUGCCAUCUGGAUAGCCGGUCUGGCUUCCUUCAUGACCGGUGUCCUGGUGGCGGUCCUCACGUUAGGCCUAAUCGCCAUGACGACGUUCCGCCGGAAGACUGUCGAAGCGUCCUGGAUGCCGCAGAGCAUCUCGCCGUACGAGGAGGACUUUGGCACCGACUACUAUUUCGAGGAGGCUGCCAACGGUCACGUCUACAAGCCCACCACUUAUGCGGCUCCCAAGCUCCAGGUGUCGCCGCUGAUGGCGCCCGUGAACGCGAGUGUCUACCGCCUGGUUUACGGAGUCGACGGGAAGUGAAGCGCCGGAAGCUUUUGAUGAAAAUGUUAGAUCAGGAUAGCGGAGAUGUUCCCGGGCUCUGUCUCGUCUACGUCCCAGCGAAAGUUCCUCUUCCGUGGUGUGGUUUCGUAGUUACAACUCUGGAGGUAACAUGCUAGUCGAAAACCCACUACAAACCAAGGACUUUAUAGUGUUUCGCUCGGACACUUCGUUCCUUUGCGACUCUGAAACAGCUACGUUCCUUUGUCUAGCGCAAUUGUUGUGGCCUUGUUGCGAAACCCUGCUAUUGUGUACUGACGUAGGAAGAAUUUGUUCGUUCGGCAUUAAUAUAUGCGAGCAACCUAUAUGCACCCUCUAUUCGUAGUUAAAUCCGUAACCAGGUUUCAAAACCCGACACUGUAAAGCUGAAUAUUCGUGUAGUCGCGGAAACAACGCCAGAUGCAGCUUGCCUUUGAAAUCAGUGGUGAUUUCAACCGAAUGAUGCUUUAAACUGAACAAUGAUAUGUGCAGUGAUUUGUUUUGUUUUUAAUUGAGAAAUGUCAAACAAAAUAACAGAGGAAAAAAUGAUUGAUGCAUGGAAGAAACUGAUUGAUGCUGGUAUGCAUACAGCUCUAGACUGAAGGCAGUACAUGGCAAUGAGCGAAACAGCACUUCUUCCCGACAAGGUCUAUUCUGCCCACUGUCACCGACGCUUUAAGAAACGUGAGGCGUGCCUCUAUCGGUUGGCGGCUCAUAUCGAAAGCUCAUUGGCUACAAAACGACACGCCCUCUAUUUAUUCUAUUUUUUUAACUGUCAGGGAGUAUUAGACAAAAGUUCUGAGGCAUUGAAAUAGAAUUCAGUGAACUCCUCGGCUGUAUUCUUGACUUCUUGUCACACCACAGAGCAGCCUUGUACACGUUACUUGGAAAAAGAACAAAAGUAAUCCAUUACAAUUGCAAUUAUUCUUGGUUGAAUAACUCGAACUUUUCUGACACUGCAGAUUUUCAAAACGACCUUGUUUUUCUGCGUUUUUAUUUCUGAGUUUUGUGAAAACGGGUUUUGUACACUGUCCAUUAUUAUAUUAGAAUCAUCGAACUUUAAGAAACUUAUCUUUUUAAUCCGCCAAUCAUGGUAAACCAUCGUCCUGUCGAGAGACUUGGAUCGAGGAAUCCUUCAUAGGACCCUUGUAAAAACAAAGGGCUUCAUUAGGAGCGGGGAAGGGGGGGGGGGGGGGGGGAUAGUAACGGUUAUAAGUGAUUUUAUUACUUCCAAAUGCAAUCAGCAUACUCUUGUGAUUUUUUCUUAAUAAACGUAAACAAAUAAUUACGAAACUACUUCGAAAAUUAGUUGAUGACGAGUGAUUCCAUUAGCAGUAAUGAGCACCGUGUGACCGUCUGCUAAUACGGAGUUUUAGGAAACAGUUUUUGCACACCCGAUACGGUACAAUGGGCCCUCCGGUACGAACUGCGCAUGCGCGAGUCUUCUGUGGCAGCGCAUGCGCAGUGCGUACAAGGGCGUCCAUCGUACUGUAUAGGUUGUGCAAAAACCUAACCUAACCUAACCUAACCUAACCAAACCCAGUAUUCUUUUUUCUUUUUCAGAAUGGGAGUGCAAGUCAAAAGCUAGAACGUCAUAGUCUUGAUCAUGUGAUAAAGCGGCCCAACGGCUGCAUUACUUUAAAAGACUCGCGAGCUUCCUCCAUGCACUCCUCUUAUAAUGAGGAAUAUUUCUGGCUACUCUAAUUUAACCUUUCUAUGCAGCCCUCCGUGUGGUGCUUUAAUUACUGCAUGCGGUCAUCACGGAGAGUUCAUCGCACAUGAACGGUAAUGUCGUGUAGUUCAGUCAUUUUUUCGCAAUCCCUAGUUGCAGGACGCCGCUAUCUGGAAUGCUGCCGCUGCUACAGAAUCGGGAUAAUUCCUGCAUUAGGAAAAUGCACAAAACUAAUACUUCGUCAAAAUUUGGGAAGAGUGAGCACAAAAUAGUGGGGCUGGGCACUUGAUCGAUUAAGCUACCUAUUAAUCGGUUAAGGCUUUAAUCGCGAUUAAUUUAUUUAACCGCUUAAUCUGUUAAUGUUUGACAAACAAGAAACAAGUCAAACUUCAACACUUUCAUCACACAGUUCUGGACGAGUACACCUGUACGAAGUCAAGUUUUCGGUAAAAUGUUUACCUAAAGAAACUGUAGGGGAUUGGUUUGUUGCUCGAAACCAGUGGAAAAGGUUAUAAGAGUCCCAAACAAUUCAACGUCGUGCGAGUAUUCGUUCAGCGCAGCAGAGACUAUUGGGAAGAAUCGAAGGAGUUCGCUACUGCCGGAGAUAUCGGACGAACAUCCUUGUCCCAGCCAUUAAAGUAAUAUUUCUUGACUGUGGGUGUGUUUCGGCUGUUCUCAACUACACAUUCAGUAAAUAUCCGAAAUAGUACAUUGCCCCGUUUAUCACAUAUUCAGCAAAAGCAAAAAACUCACUUUUUUAAAAAUUAUUUCAACUUUUUUGCAGGGGAGCAAAAGAAACAGAUAAAUAUAUUUAUUAAUCGAUUAAAGGAUGGCGAUUAAUCGUGCAACGAUUUACAACCGAUGCCCAGCCCUACUGAAUGUAGUGAUAGUCAAAUGACGCUCGCUGCAACACGGACACCCUAAACUUUUCUAUGACAAAGUGAUGAUUGUGUCCCCAAUUCAUUUAAUCGAUCCCUCGUAGUAGAGGGUCAUUUUUCGCAGCAGAGUUUCAUUAUUUUCUUGAAACAUGGAAAUAUCCAUGCUACUGCAGGAGUGAGUUCACUGUCAUGAUGAUAAUAUUCAAAACAAUGCGGGUAUUAAUGUUUGUAAAGCCCGUGUUCCUGAUAUAAAUAGAUACAUGCGAGGUCUUUGCUGUAUCGCGAAUCGAAUGCGCUACACCAGUCGGUGCAGUGCGGUCGUGUUCUUUGUAUCAUUUGUUUUAGAAGCCUUAAUGGUACAUUUGAUAAGGUUUAGCUAUGAUUCACUAGAGUACAGACUGCUUGUGAUAGUCCAGUCUUAGCCAUGUUCAUUAAAAUUUAUCUGUGCUCUAUGUUUGCAUUUCUUAUACAAUUUACUGUAUUCUCGAAAGGUGUGAAUGAAUGUUUAAUUGUGUAUAUGAGGAAUUGUGUGAUCUAUAUGGUUCAGCGUAUCCCUUGCGGUCUAGUCGGUCUCAGAGCCCGUUCUACGUCCUGACUUUAUAUGAUACAUCACUUAACCUUUAACAAGAAUGCAACUGGAAUUUAACAGGCUUGACCAAUUUGCUAUAGACAUUUUUAGUGACGUGACAACUUUUCGACGUACACUGGAGUCGAUAAUUUGUGUAUAAGUUUGGAUCUAUGUGGCUGUCUACAUUUCACUUCCAAUAACGAACUGUGUACCACUAUUUAGGGUAUGGGCUGUUUGUGGACACAACAAAAUAAAGAUUAUUAUUAUUAUUAUUAUUAUUAUUAUUAUUAUUAUUAUUAUUAUUAUUAUAUACCAGUUUUGUUUUCUUUUAGUUAUUAUUAUCGCUGAAAUUCUUUACAAAAAUCUCCAAAGUCUCGGGAAAGACCAUUAUAUUAGCUUCUAUUACAGACGCAGUACUCCAGUGCUAGCAUUUCGAACUUGUGAUAAAUUAUAUGAACCUUGUUCAAACACUUUCAAGGUCGGUUCACGCAUACCGCGCAACGCUUUUAAAUUAUCACUAAGUGCAGCCCCGAGGCCACGCCGACUUGAACCUAACGCAGUAAUAUUUUCAGCGCUGACUAAAACAAUGAGGUAGCGCUGUAUGCGUGAACAUUCCUUUAAAGUAUAUCUGAGAUUUCUUGCACGCUGAUGCACAUGUAUGGGCCGCGUCAGCGAACUUUGUUUUUGUCUUCGCACAGUUGGUGGUGGCAAUAAACUUUUGCCUCUUUU